UAGCUUUACGCCCAAAAUGGCGGCACAGUUGAAAAGUUUUGGCAGUUUUCUUCGAGUUAGUUUUCUGAACACACCGCCCCUUUAGUUUUUUCUUAAAACAAGGAAACGUAAGAUUUUUUGUGAACGUGGAGGACCGCAAUGUUUUCUGACGGUGUCGGCCUGAGAUGAGGACAAUAAUGGCCAUUUGUUGUCAUCGAAGAAUCGAGCAUCUUUACCAGUGCUAACUAAAGCUAAGGUAGCCUAGCAAGCUAGUCGCCAUCACAUUGAUGUCGCCUAAAAAAACUGUGUCUCGUGGACAUCAACGCUGAAGUGAAUAUGAAGACCAGAAUAUUUCCUUAGAAAUGGAGGAUGAUGUGAAAAAAGUGAAAAAGCCUGGUAUCGUGUCCCCGUUCAAGCGAGUCUUCCUGAAAGGGGAGAAGGGGAGGGACAAAAAGGCCCAGGAGAAGACGACGGAGCGCCGGGCUCUCCACACCUUCUCUCUGUCUCAGCCCGACCACCGCAUCGACCCCGACAUCCUGCUAAACGACUACAUCGAGAAGGAAGUCAAAUACUUGGGGCAGCUGUCAUCUAUUCCAGGAUACUUGAAUCCAUCAAGCAGGACGGAGGUUCUUCAGCUCAUCGACAAUGCCAGGAAGUGCCAUCAGUUGGCGGGCCAGCUGACACCAGAGCAGGACGCCGUCAUUAGCUUGUCGGCGUACAACAUCAAGCUCGUGUGGAGAGACGGAGAGGAGUUCAUCCUGAGAGUUCCUAUUCACGACAUUGCUGCUGUCUCCUACAUCAGGGACGACUCGCUGCACCUUGUGGUGAUUAAAACGGCCCAGGAUUCUGGAGGUUCUCCUUGUCCCAGUUCUUGUCCCGAUCUCAACAAGUCCCAGACGCUAAGCUCGCUGUCGGAGAGUGGAGCCGUUUUGGUGGAAGUCUGCUGUCUGCUAGUGUUGGCAGUGGAGAAUAAGGCUGCUGCAGAGGAGCUGUGUUUUCUGCUUAGUCAGGUUUUUCAGAUCGUUUACACAGAAUCAACCAUUGACUUCUUGGACAGAGCCAUUUUUGACGGAGCAACGACACCAACUAGACACCUGUCUUCAUACAGUGAUGACUCCUCGAGUAAAGUGGACGUUAAGGAGGGUUUCGACGCAGAAAACAGCACAUUUCCGUUCCAGGUCAGUAUGGAUGCAGAUGGAAACUCUCCGUCUGCAUCCACCCCAGCAUCCCCUCAGAAGAAGACGGCAAGUGAAGGAGAGCUCAGCACAACCGCCGCAGAGCUUUUGCAGGACUACAUGACCACAUUGCGGACAAAACUGUCGUCGCAGGAGAUCCAACAGUUUGCAACUCUGCUCCACGAAUACCGGAACGGGGCUUCGAUUCACGAGUUCUGCAUCAACCUGCGACAGCUCUAUGGAGACAGCAGGAAAUUCCUCCUACUGGGUUUGCGCCCCUUCAUACCUGAGAAGGACAGUCAGCACUUUGAGAACUUCCUGGAAACCAUCGGCGUGAAAGACGGCAGAGGCAUUAUAACGGACAGCUUCGGUCGCUGCAAACGCACCGCCAGCUCCGCCUCUGAUUCCACCACCAACGGGAACGGCGCGGCAGGAGGAACCGGCGGCAGCGCGUCCUCGGGGGAGGAGCAGGAGGCCUCCGAGGGCGACGAGUGGGACCGCAUGAUCACCAACAUCAGCAACGACAUUGAGGCCCUCGGCUGUAGCAUGGACCAGGAGGCAUUAGCGCCCUGAUGGGGAGCAAAAGCGGGUCAUUUUGCGUGGAGGCGUGGCCAUUCCUGUAGGCAUGAGAAAACCGGAUCAGAUGAAGGUGGUCCUUAGCACUGACCUCAAAUUAGCUUAAACGUAUAUUCCUCUGUUUAUCAAGAGGGCGUUCAAACUCCCCACAAACUCAAGGAAAACCUCAACUUGUUGCCAUAGGUCAACAAACGCACUUAUGCAGUCUGCGAGAAGCAGGAAGUUGACUCGUUCCGCAUUUCAGGUGGAUUCCUAAAGGAUUUUCUUUUGGUUUUGUACUUCUUAUUGGCAGCAUCUGCCACCGCUUUUAGUAAUGUAGCUGCAGCCAGUACAGCCCAGACUCCAGAGGAUCCAUCAGUGCACAUAUUUCAGAAGGUUAUUACUGAAGUUUGUGAUUCUGUUUUUUUAUUUUAUACUGCAAUAUAUCAACCCGCUUCAUCCAUGUACUUCACUUUUGCGUUGUGAGUGUGUAACAUGCUUUUUGUUUUUGUGUACUGCUCUGCUUUACACUAGCAUUUGUUUAUCAGUGUUUACUCCUCAUUAUACAAACUGACCAAGGAAAUGCUGUAAAGACAAAAGCGUCACCAGUUAUUUUUGACAAAGCCACUAAUGACUGGCUGAUGUUCAAUCACGAUUUGCUGGGUUUUGUCAUGCAGACCGUUUGUUGUGCAUCUAUUGUGCCUUUUACACUGCAGCACUACUGCCAGCUGUCUGACAGACAGGGAAUUAGAAACUGUAACUACAGUUGCUCCUCUUGUUACGGUUAUUAAAUAACAGAUCGUUCACUGAUUGUAUUUUAGUAUUGCAAAUCUGCAUUUAUCUUAAAGUUGCAUAAAACAAACGUUGCAGUCUCAUAAA